AAACGGAGAAAGUGGGACAAAAUUUCUGAGUUAAUCAAGAUGUCAAGACAGCAACUUGGAGGUCUAGCAUAUAGUGAUGGAGUGUCAAUGUUUGACGCCAUGCAAGCUCAUAGAGAUGGAAUGAGCGGUGUUGUGGUUGGAAGUAUGCAGCCUUGGGUGGAAGUUUCUGCUCUUCGGAGUGGGGCAUCAAAGGUCCUGACAGUUGAAUAUAACAAUCUAACCAUUCAAGAAGAGUUCAAAAACCGGAUGUCUGCAAUUCUUCCCAUCGAUUUUGUUACAAACUGGCAUCAGUUGAAUACGCCGGAAAGUUUGACUUUGCCGCUUCAUUCUCAUCUCUCGAGCAUUCUGGAUUAGGAAGAUACGGUGAGCCAUUGGAUCCAAUCGGAGGUCUACUGUUCAUCGGAUUCCCACUGGGCACUGAUGCUAUUCAAUUCAAUGCUCAUAGAAUCUACGGCUCAAUUCGUCUUGCGAUGAUGAUGUAUGGAUUCGAGUGGAUUGAUACAUUCUCUGGAGACUCCGAACAACCAAAUAAUCUUACAUCAGAACGGCUUAAUUCCGCACCCCUGUUUGGAACAUCUCAGAACACUCUAGUUUUGAGAAAGAUCUAA